AAAAUCCUAGCGGAAGUGUUGCAUAGAACAACCCGGAUGUAAUUCGAAGUGGAGCAGUGUGUUUGUUGGACGAUAAUACAACCUCUGAAUUAUAUCAGUUUUUGUGUUGUAAAAUCAGUUUUCCUUUUUGUUUUAAUUAUUACGUGUAGUUAAUAGUUUUACGCGUUCAUUUUUAUUCAUUCGCGCCUAACUAUGUCGGUCGUUCCGCCCAACCGAUCAUCAACCGGUUGGCCCCGUGGAGUCAAUCAAUUCGGGAAUAAAUAUAUCUCCCCGCCAGCCAAACCGCUCACUCUGGAGAGAACGAUCAACCUAUAUCCCCUUACAAACUACACAUUUGGCACUAAAGAACCUCUUUAUGAGAAAGACAGUUCCGUGGCAGCUCGGUUCCAGCGGAUGCGCGAGGAGUUCGACAAGAUGGGCAUGAGGCGGACGGUGGAGGGAGUCCUGAUUGUUCACGAGCACAGACUACCACACGUCCUCCUGCUACAGCUGGGAACUACGUUUUUUAAACUGCCGGGCGGAGAAUUGAAUCCAGGUGAAGAUGAAGUUGAAGGCCUGAAGCGAUUGAUGACAGAGAUUCUGGGGAGGCAGGAUGGCGUAAAGCAAGACUGGGUGAUAGACGACUGCAUCGGAAACUGGUGGAGACCAAACUUCGAGCCCCCACAGUAUCCUUACAUUCCAGCACACAUAACGAAGCCCAAAGAGCAUAAGAAACUCUUUCUGGUCCAGCUACAGGAAAAAGCCCUGUUUGCGGUGCCUAAGAACUACAAGCUGGUGGCUGCUCCUCUGUUUGAGCUGUAUGACAACGCGCCUGGCUACGGACCCAUCAUCUCCAGUCUCCCGCAGCUACUCAGCAGGUUUAACUUCAUCUACAACUGAGCCUGGUGGAGGGUGCAGGGACCAACGGGGCUUGUCAGUAAGAGGGGGGGAGGGGGGGGGGG